AUGACGGGACAAAAAGGCCAGUCUCUUUAUGAGCUCGCGAACUCGUCGUUUGUUCACUCCCUGGGGCAACAAGAAAAGAACGUCUCUACCACCAUUCCCAGCGCUGUUUCAUCCUCAAUCGUCGACAUGAUAUGCUCAAACUUUCACAAGCGUCUCUCCAACGAUCCUGACCCAUUUUACUCCGACGACGAUGAUGAUGCACAGUCUAAUCGCAAUAAUUCCGACCCACCAAACAUCAGAGCCCAAGAAAGCCUCAAGAAACUUGAUGGGCUGAUGCUCGAAGAAUUCUCGACGGAGAAAUAUCCUCAUAUUGAUCAAGAAAUUGUCUUCGACAUUUUAGCGAAGCCCCAGAAUCGCUUGAAAUCAGUGGACCUGAGUAACAUGAAAAUUUCGCAGCAAAUUUCUUACAACGCUCUUACUGUUCUUGACAUGGUCGACUUGGAUGAUGAUCUCGAUUAUCCAACAAAUGAUAGCGGACACGAAACGAUGGAAACUGAUCAAUUAUCGAUUGAAACUCCGAAAGAACGAUGCAUGGAAAUGCGUCUGCGAAAUAAAUCCGAAAGGCGUGGUCCCCGAAUCAAGCUCGCUAGAAGUUGCAAAACAAUCAAAUUCCCCUGCAUCAAUAAAUCGCCUCCUUCCCAUCCAGCGAGCUACUCUUUCCGCCGCUCGCCAGCGAACGAACAAUUGGCCGCUCGACUAGCUGUAAAUACUUUUGUAAUAGAUUGCACCGACGUAUCUCCGAAUCUUACUCCCGAUGAUAGCAACACUAGUACAGGGAUCAACUACAGCACUGUUCGGACUAUCGCCUUGUCGAAGGAAGCGUUUCCUUCUCUCAAAGAGCUCAGUGUUGGUUCCGUUACGUGUCUCAGUCUAUUCCAUCCGAACCCACCAGCGCUUACAUACCUGGAUCUCUCGCACAUCGUCCAGCCCAACUACCAAGCCGACAUUUUCAAUCACCUCGACCUCAUUAGAUUUCCAAUCGGCUGCCUCCGGAACACCCUUAAAACUCUCAUUCUCCACGAGACCGAGUUUGAUUCGAAUUUUCUGGAAGCCCAAGUCUUCAAAUGCAACCUUCUCGAGGUCCUUGAUGUUUCCCAAGUACCGAGAGAGCAUCGUUACACAGAGGAGGAAAAUAUCUCUGAUAACAGACUAAGAGGCUAUAAAAUAAGCACCUUUCUUGAUAUGCUGCCCAACUUGAUUUCUUUGGAUGUCUCUGGCACUUGCGCCGGUAGAGGAUUGAAGGAUGAAAAGAUGAUCAUAAUUUCCGGUGAAAAUGGCUGCAAAAAGAUAGAAAUCCCCUCUCCAAGUCCUAACGAUAUGUCACCAGGCCUCCCAAGCUGGCUAGAUCGCCUACCGUUGAGCUUUCUCGGCCUCUGGGGAUGCGGAAUCGACUACGAGAAUAUGCACCUUCUGGCUAACCAUAUUUCUGGCUCAAAAUCAGCGAAACAGCUGCUGAUAACUGCGCGCAAAUGGCAAAACGAACCAGCAAUGGCCGCAACGAUUUGGAAUUGCAUUUUCGAUUUUCUUAAAAAUUCAAAUGAACCGGCAUAUUUCUUGGAAGACUGCAUCGGUAUUUUCGAAAAAUACUACAACGAUCAUGAGUACAAGCUGCCCCUUAUUCUUUCGGCAAAUAUGUAUUAUGUUGUUUCGCCUAUUAUCGAGGGUCAUCCUUGCAAGCAUGUGAGAGCCAUGAAAGAAAGAGCAAUCAAAUGCUUGAUUCGAUGUAUCAACUUCAAUCUACAUCACAUGAGAGUGAUUCGAAAUUGCCUCCUUACACUUUUAAAAUUCCGCAUUCCAGCUGACUUACUCUUCAUUUAUGAAACCUCUGCUUCCACUUUGUUAAAGAUUUUAACAAAAUAUCAAACCGAUCGCGAGUCGGAGCUUCUGGUCCAAAUGGCCGUACAAAUCGCCAACCAAAUCGUCUGCCAAGUAAACCAAGAGCGCAAACUAGCAACAAAAAAGAUCAAGUUCAUCGAUACUAUCUGCCAAGUGAUUACACAACGCCUCGAAUUCGAUUCUGUGGACGAUAGCUUGAAGGGAUGUUGGAGCUGCCUCUGGAACGUUACUGACGAAGCUCCUGCGAACUCGGAGCGUUUCAUCAAGCACAACGGAGUCGACCUCUUUCUCAAGUGUCUAAAUAAAUUCCCAGAAGAUACGGAGCUCAAGAGGAAUAUCAUGGGCUUAGUCGGGAAUAUCGCUGAAGUGCCUGAACUGCGAAAAGACCUUAUUCGCACGGAAACGAUACGAUUCUACACGAUGGCGUUGACAGAAAGCGGCGAGAGCAGCUUGGAAGUGGCGUACAAUGCCUGUGGAACUCUUUCCCAUCUGAUGAGCGACACAAGCACUCCUUGGCCAGACUCUUUGUUAGCGCGAAAACCGGAAAUCGCUGAAAUGAUGUGUGAAGCAAUCAAGAGCUGGGAUGAGUCCGCUGAGCGGAAUAUCAACUACAGAAGUCUAAAGCCUAUUAUUCACUUACUGAAGUGUUUCCAUUGCCCAGAAGCGCAAACUUGGGCCACCUGGGCUCUUGCUAGUUUAACCCACGUAUUGCAAAUUAACCCACGAAGAGGGGGUUUCGAAUGCCUCCAAGAAAUCGUCAACUACGAGUACACCGACGAGUUUGUCCGAAAUGUGGCCCAGAAAGUCAUCGACCGCGUUUCAUACUACAUCUCAUGGCAUUCAACUUAA